AGACAGAAGCAGCUUUUACGCUGCCGGGACGCAGACCCAUGGCGCUCCGCUCUGCCCCGCAGCCUCCCCGGCGAGCCGAGGCCUCGACCCCGGCGGCAGGGCUGGGCCGUGCCGCCGCCGCCCGCCUCUGCCGGGGCCCAAGAGCGGCGGGCCCGGCGGCGCCCCGCGGGGCUCGGCACGGCGGGCGCUGAGGCCGGGAGAGGCGAGGUGAAGCGAAGGGACGCGACCGACGCCUCGGCCGGCGGCGAGCGCCCCGCAGCCAGCAGAGGGCAGGGCCGCCAGCUCGCCCGCUCCUCCCGCCGCAGCGACAUCCGCCGCCGGCGGGAAGGGAAGGGGCCGGCGCCGGGGCCGGUGUUAGCGCCGCGCUCCCCGCCGUCUCGCUGCCAGGGGCCGCGGGCCCCGCCGCCGGCCGCAGGAUGCCGCUGGGUCUGAAGCCCACCUGCAGCGUGUGCCGCAGCACGUCCUCCUCCAUGUGGAAGAAGGGCGGCCAAGGCGAGAUCCUGUGCAACAACUGCACGGCCCGCUCCGCGCCGCCCGGGCCCGCCGCCUUCGCCACCACUUCGUCCGCCGCACAGCACAGCAACGGCGGCGGCGGCGGCGGGAAGCAGAGCAAGCAGGAGAUCCACCGGCGGUCCGCGCGGCUGAGGAACACCAAGUACAAGUCGGCGCCCGCCGCGGAGAAGAAGGUUUCCACGAAGGGCAAGGGCAGGAGGCACAUCUUCAAGCUGAAAAACCCCAUCAAGGCUCCUGAGUCUGUAUCCACUAUAAUUACAGCAGAAUCAAUCUUUUAUAAGGGUGUGUACUAUCAAAUUGGAGAUGUUGUUUCAGUGGUUGAUGAGCAGGAUGGAAAAACGUACUACGCUCAGAUCCGUGGGUUUAUUCAGGACCAAUACUGUGAAAAGAGUGCUGCGCUCACCUGGCUCAUUCCUACACAAGCCAGCCCCAAAGAUUGUUUUGACCCAGCAUCCUAUAUCAUAGGGCCAGAAGAAGACCUCCCAAGGAAAAUGGAAUAUUUAGAAUUUGUUUGUCAUGCACCUUCAGAAUAUUUCAAAUCUCGAUCGUCUCCCUUCCCCACUGUUCCCACAAGACCAGAGAAGGGCUAUAUAUGGACUCAUGUGGGACCUACUCCUGCAAUCUCCAUUAAAGAAACUGUUACCAAUAAUUUAUAAUUUUUUUAAGGCAUACUUUGGACGACUUACUUUGGGUGUAUUCUCAGGUCUGUGAACCCCAUACAAGAAGUUUAAAAGAAUUAUAAAAUGUUCAUUUUACUUUAUGGAUUAUGGCAUUUAUUUAUUUUAAAUUAUAUCAGAUUUUUAAAGUGGAAGUUUUAUUUCCAUUUGGUGCGUCCAUUUGUGUGCUCUGUUCUUCAGACAGGAUUGCUCAUCUUGGGGCAAAACCGGAUCUUCAACUUUGGGUGAUGCACACCUACUGAUCCCCCGCGACAGAGUGAUUACAGGUCUGUUAAGUAUUUCAUUGUGUGCAGAGACAUAGUCAUGGAUAAGGCUACAAGGACUCUCAGGAUAAUGAAGGCAUGCAGCAAAAGGACCAGAUGUCUUCUUUCAAAUUGAUGUGGGCCUUCCUCCUGUCGAUGAGGCCUGAGAAAUAGGUUAAACCUCAUUUUUUAUCCUGGAAGAGGACACAAGAAGUCUACCUCAGUACCUGUUUUGAAACAUCACCACACCUUUGGUAAAUGUUUUACUCUUCAGUUUGUGCCACCUCUGUUGGAUCUGUUCAAGGAAGAGCACAAACAGUUAAGUGUAAGUGCAUUUAUAAUUUUCCAUUAAGUGAGUGGAUUAUGAAUAUCAAGACAAUAAGAAUAGGAAACCUUUUAGCCUGAAAUACUGGUGUAUACGAUUUUGUGGACACUCACAACACCAAACAUUUCCAUGGGGGAAAAAAAGCAGUUCCAAAGACAGAGCGGAACGUGAAAAAAAGUUGUAUGUGACAAGCCAUAAUAUCCUUAUUUAUGCAGUCACAAUCAGAAUAAAAUCACUGAACAUGGAGUAUUUUGUACUAAUGAAGUUUCCUAAACUCUAGAAAAAUUGUAAUUUCUUCUCUCUUCUCGGGGUCAGGACAAUCGCUUCUUUACAACACUCUGAAUUCCAUUAAAAUCUACAAAGAAAUUUGCAUCUUGAAACACAAAUUAAGAUCUGUUCUUCAUAAAAGAGAGUCAGGUAUUUUCUCUGCAUUUUGUUACAGUGCCCAGAUUCUAAAAUCAAUUCAGCUCCUGUUGCCAGAGUUGGACCCAUCUCAGUCAGAAGACUGAAAACCUGCAGAGAUGAAACUGUACCACUGCUCCAAUGCUGAGAACAUACACUGCUUACAAAGCAACCAGGAAAACAUGAAAAUCGAAAAUCAGUGUUAUUGAUACCUGCUUCUUAGCUCUCUAACACAGCUUCUAAUUUUUCAGCUGUAAACUGGAAAGGGUGACUUUCUUUGUCAGUCACCUAUAGAAGAAAAAGAAUCAGAAAGAAUAAAAAGAUAUAAAAUAUAUUAAAAAAUAAAAAAGAGAGUGAAGAAACACUCCCACCUAGUGAAAAUACAAUUGCUACUGGCUUUUAUAAACUAAAAAAGUUAAACAGAAGAGGUUUCUCACGGCACUAGUUCAAGGAGGGAAAACAGCAGUCCAACAACAAUACUAUUAUCACCUCAGAAUUGGAAACUAAGAUUAGUCUUUUCUAUGUAAUUCAAUUACUUUGGAUUUCAGUGCUGCCCUUAUCCAAGACUAUAUCAGUGACUUACAGAGAACUCACGUACCUUUCUUUUCUUCUGACUGUAUGAUUUGGUAUUAUAAAAGAUGCUACCCCCCCUUAGACUUGCCUCACAGAUCACUGAGCUUUCAAAGGGGGAAGCAGUGUUGCACAAGUCACAUGGUAGAUACAUCUUCCUAAGGGGAGAAAUUUGCAAACCAAAUUUACUCAUAGGAGGAGUGACAGACUUAGGGAUGACAAAUUGUAGUUCAGCAUGUUGGUGCAGAACAGUGUCUGCACAGAGUGAGUGUCAUCCUCCACAUCUGAUGACACCAACCUCCUUUUCAUGCUGCAGACUGAGAAAACAACAGGCUGUCUCAUCUGAAAGUGCUAGACUGGUCCCGUCUCUUUCCUUGGACUUGGUUUGCAUUUUCAGGGCUUUUUUUAUUAUUCCCUGUGGAAUGUCUGUUAAUGUAUUUGAAUAGCUAAGGCUUGUACCUCACUGAGCAAGGGCACAUGAACGGGCUGUAUUUUGCCAUAUAGCCAUGUUUUCGAAUUUAUACCACCAUACUAUGGAGCUGGAAUAAAGAUAAGCAUCUAAAAACAUUAAAAAAUGAAAUUAACAUUUCUAAUAAGCAAUUAUUUCAUUAUACUAUAAAAGUGACUAAACUGACAGUCUAAGAAUUUGACAUCUGAUUUAUUCUCAGAGCCUUCACUGUGGCCUAAGCCAGUCUUUAAACAAAACUGUCAAUUUAGCAUAUGUCAGUCAACCCGAGAUUCUUCCUUAGCAUUUGCAAUAGCAGAUUUGACAGUCGUAUAUAUUUUCAGUAAAAGGGAGUGGACCUGAUUGACUAUUUUAUUUAUUUGUUUGUUUACUCAAAUAAUAGUGUCAAAUAAUGAUCUUGAUCUCAAUAUUUUUGCUAAUGCUCUGUUACUACCAAAUUUUCAUCAGGAUUUGUUGCAAACCUCAACUACUUCUGUCUGAUUGCCAGGGUGCUAUCUCACAGCCAGGGUGCCUACAGUACUGUGGAACUUGUUUCCCUCUUCAUUUUUGUGCUGUGAAGUAGCUCCAGGUUGGUGUCCUCCCGGAGACACUGCAAAAGCCCUGUGUGCCAGGGUUUUGGAGGGGAUGGAGUGGGCAUCCUACGUUAACAAAGGGGUAAAAAGGAGCCUGUCAGCAUUCAAGCAGGAGAGUUCCCAUUAAAACUGUACAAAUACAGUGAAAUCUGAACAUAUUAAAACAGACAUGGGUACAAAUA